AUGGAGCCGGGAUAUAUCAACAUCGCCGAAAUCGAGUUCAUUUGCGAUGCAGGCCCUUUGACUAUGGUUGUCAUGAAAACUUCCUACUUUGAUCAGCAGAGGUGGGAAAGUAUCAUAGAAGAAUAUGAAGAUGAAAUAUUCUCACUUAUCGCCCAAGAGGCAGACUAUCUAGCUGACAAGCUGUGCAGUGAAAAAUCAGGUACUGUGUCUGAUUGGGAAAGUAUCAUAGAAGAAUAUGAAGAUGAAAUAUUCUCACUUAUCGCCCAAGAGGCAGACUAUCUAGCUGACAAGCUGUGCAGUGAAAAAUCAGGUACUGUGUCUGAUCUGCCGCUGCCCCUGGAGCGCGUCCCGCUCCUGCGGCUCCAGCGCGGGCACCGGGACACGCUCCUUCCCGGCCGGGAGAACAAAACUGUGUCGUUCCCCUGCCCUUACAAUGCACGGAGGCAAAUAGGAUUAGGUCCAAAUAGCAGCAAGGUUGACAAGAUUUCGAGAAAGGUUCCUAAUGACCGACGCAGCCUGGCACCGGGGCCGAGCUGGGUUGACAAGAUUUCGAGAAAGGUUCCUAAUGACCGACGCAGCCUGGCACCGGGGCCGAGCUGGCCCCGCGGAAGUUCAGCACCUCCCCGCACCACUCCGCUAGCUGGCAGCCGGGCUCCGCGGGUGCUGGAACCCCGCGCUCCCCGGGUUGGGGUCUGCGGCCGCCGGUGCGCGCCCGCGGAACCGGCUUGGGGGCUGGUCGGGAGCGGCACCGCCUCCCAAGGCCCGUCCCCCCGGCACCUAAACCCUGGGAAUACGCCGGUUUUCCGCAGUGGCGGUGGGCCUAGUGAUGCCGGGGACUCUCCACCCUCCGACAAAGUUACCCCCGGCCGGGCUGCGCGCAGCGCGUCCCUUCCGCGCCUCGGUGAGGACUCGAUGCAGACGCUUACUAAUUGA